AUGCCUUCUAGCAAUCCUCUCCAUGGGCUUCCAGACCAAAUUCAUGGUCGACACCUGGUUGCGGUGCUCCAGGCACUUCGCUUCAUGCUUCGAGAGGUGCGUGCCAGAAAAGCAGAGCUUGAUCGAGGUACCGUGUGGAACCCAAGAGAGGGUUUGAAGCCCCUGCCUGGUCGGGUGAUGGAGCAGAUGGAGCAAGCGAAGACAGAGGCAUCUCGGCAGGACAUGGAGGAGAAGGAGGCUUGGUGGGAUGCCCGACCAGACCACGCCCCAUCAGAUGCAUCGACGCUACCGCUCAUUCUCACGAGUGUCGAUGUCGAUGUGAGCGGAUUCAUGUGGUGGGCAUGUCAAGCAAGUCUUGAUGUCCCUGACCACGUGAAGCGCUUCAUCGCCAACACUUCGAUCAGCCAGGUUUUGAAGAGGUGCGGAUUCCAUGUGGAUUCGAUUCAAGAAGGAAGAAACAUUCAGGGCAGUGAUGCCAAGCAGGAGGAAUGCUUGAACAGAUUCCUAGAUUUGUACGAGGCUCAGGUUGCAGCCGGUGACCGUGACACAAGCACGUCUUGGCAGAGAUCGCUGUCGGCCGUCAAACUCGUCCCAUUGGAGUCCUUGUUCAACUGGGAGGAGUCCAUCGACCCCGAAGCAGUCAGCAAAGAGCUGUGGAAGGUCACCGCCGAACGGCUGGGCUGCUCGGGCGAGUGCGUGCUGCAGAGAGUUUGGCAGCGCUUCAUGGAGAGCUUGGGAAAGGUCUGCAGCACAGAGCUGGAGCAUGCGGUCAAGGCAGCCCUUGGAGAGGAGAUGCCGGCGAUCCUGCAAGUUCCCAGGGAGGCCGAAGCGGCGAGCUUGCACGGCGAAACCGUUAUCUUAAAGCAUCGAGGUCGAUAUUUCCGGGUGCUUUCAACCCAUGAACCAGGCGACUCUCAGCCAGACUCGCGUCUCAACACUGCUGCCUUGCUGAUCCAGAGCUCCUGGCGCCGCUCAUCGCGGCGACGGGUCCAGGCUCACAAAGCUUGCGCCAGAGAGUGUGAGGAGGACUCCGACAUCCUACCAGCUUUUGAAGAGGCCACUCCCGGUGACGAGGCAGAUGAGGCCCGAGCGCAGGUACAAGUACAAGGGGCAAGUGCCCCUCUGAACGAGAGCUGCCGAUCGCCAACGAUCGAGGGCAUUGACGCGCUCCCUGCACAACACGAGGGAAGUGGUCCUCCUCAGCAUCCAUCUGAGGAGCAUCACCCCGGCCGGUACGACGCAGAAUCGAUUCGUCCUGAAGGCACAGUAGCUGAUCAAGCGCCUGGGUUCAGGGCGGAGGUCUUCGACAUGACCUCAGCCUCCUCAAAGUUGGACCUUCAGAGAGAUGCCGACGAAGCAGGCAGCUGUGCUCCGAGCCUUCCCAGUGUGAUUUCCGAGUGGCAGGUCAUUGAUGAUCGGGAGCACCUCGAUCGUUUUCUGCUUCCGGCAGAAGACGUUGGGGCCUUUAGAUAUAGGGUGCUCCCAGAUUGGUCCGACCCAGAUGGCAAGUGUUCAGCCAGCUUCGAGCAGACUGUGCAGCAGUGGCUUCCGGAGAAGCUCAAGGACAGACUGGCCAAGUCCAUGAGUAAAGACUGCCGCCGUGUAGCCAUGGACAUCAAGGACAAGCGCGGGAUGACGAACGGUGAGCUGUUUGCGCUGGUGGCGUAUGCCCUUGAAGUACGGAAGAAAGGUUCAGGCCUAUCCUGGGACAUGAACUUUUCUUCAAGACUGUCGCGGACAGUGCGGCAUCAUCCAAACAGCAUUGACAAAGACAUGGCCACCUGCCUCUGCUACCUCAACAGCGCGUUGGAGAAGUGCUUGACGCAGCAGCCACAAACCCUUUACUGUGGUCUGACUCCAGAAGCCCUCCGGCUGUUGCAGCAGCACAAUCUGCAACAGGGAGAUGUG